CCACCGGCUCAUUGAUCCCAUUCAAAACCUCGAUGGCGUCUUUACAAACUUCGAGAGAUCCACACACGUUCUUCACCAAACAUAUGGGCCGCUGCAUCAUUCUUGAUUGAGACAUUAUUGUAUGUUUCUGUAUGCUAAAGUCUGUGGCCAUACUGAGAGAGCACGCACGCCACGCCUGGUGAUAAACAAAGCAAAACAGACCCUUUUUAGAGCCAUGGCAUUGGGAGGUCGCAUGCCAGCUCCUGUGUGUCUCAUUGAAAAUGACGACAAUGGGACGCUGUGUGUCAGGAAAGAAGGCAAAGACAUUCUGGAUGGGAUCACCGAGCCGGUGGUGGUUGUGUCUGUAGUGGGACUCUACCGUACUGGAAAGUCUUAUCUUAUGAACCGCCUGGCAGGACAACAGUCAGGCUUUGCUCUUGGUAGCACAAUCGAAUCAAAAACCAAAGGUAUCUGGAUUUGGUGCGUCCCUCACCCAAGUAAAAAAGGACACACUUUGGUGCUUCUGGACACAGAGGGACUUGGUGACGUACAAAAGGGGGAUGAGAAACAUGACACAUGGAUCUUCUGUCUAGCUGUUCUGCUCAGCAGCACCCUGGUAUACAACAGUUUAGGGGUCAUUGACAACACAGCGCUGGAAAAAUUGCACUAUGUGUCAGAGCUGACGGAGCACAUUCGUGUAAAGGCAAACCCAAAUCAAGACGAGGAUGAUGAUGAGUCAGAAUUCAUGCGGGUUUUCCCAUCUUUUGUCUGGGCUGUUCGGGACUUUACUCUGGAGCUAAAAAUUGAGGAUGAAAUAAUAACAUCAGACGAAUAUCUGGAGAGGGCAUUGAAACUCAGAAACGGUACUUCAAAGUUGAUAGAGAGCUUUAACCUUCCUCGUCGCUGUCUGCGUCAUUUUUUUGCUGUGAGAAAGUGCUUUGUGUUUCCUCGGCCUGCUGGUGCAGCAGACAUGAGAAAAAUGGAGGAGUUGUCAGAGGAUGACCUUGAGCCAGAAUUCCUACAGCAGGCAAACACUUUCUGCAAUUAUAUUUACAACUGUGCAGAGCCAAAAACCCUCAGCGGAGGUCGUACGGUUACAGGAAUUGCUCUUGGUAAUCUUGCGGAGGUUUACGUGGAGGCCAUCCGGAGCGGGAAGGUUCCUUGUCUGGAGAACGCUGUAGUUUCUCUGGCAGAGAUCCAGAAUGGCCGUGCAGUAGAACAGGCCAUGGAGCUUUACAUGAAAGAGAUGUUCGAGCGCACUGAGCUUCCCAUGGACCCCGCCGAGCUGUCUGAUAUCCAUGAAAAGGCAGAGAAGCAAGCUGUUGACCGGUUUAUCACCAUGUCCUUCAAUGAUAGUGAACAGAGUCAUCAAAAAGACCUCAUGGGGAGGAUCUAUAAUACUUAUCAAGGGAUGUGCUACCAGAAUCAGGAGGAGUUUCUGAGACAGUGUGAGGAUAUUCAGCGUAAUGUGUUUGAAUCGCUGGAAGAAAAUAUUUCUGAUGGAGUGUACAUGAAGCCUGGAGGAUACAAAGAGUACAAAGACUUACUUGCACAACUGACCUCUGUGUACAGAGACAGCACACAGUCAAAAUUAAUGAGUGAGGAAGUGUUGUGCAAGUAUUUGAAAGCGAAGGAAGAUGUCGGAAAGAUGAUUUUACAGUCGGAUCAGACUCUCAGCGCUGCCGAACACGAGGCCGAGGUGGAGAGGUUAAAGAAUGAAGUUUUAGAGCAGCGACAGAAAGGCCUAGAGGAACAGAACCGGUUACAGGCGCAGGCGUUUCAAGACAUGCAGAAAACCCAUGAUGAACACGUGAAUCAGCUCAUGCAUCAGAUGGAGAGAGAACAAGAGAGAUUGAAAAGAGAUAAUGAACGAGUUCUGGAUGCAAAACUUAAAGAGAGGGAAGCUCUUAUGCAGCAGGGCUUUCAAGAGGAGGCUUCUCGCAUGCAGAGAGAGAUUGAAAGCCUGAAAGCAGACAUGAGGAGGGAAGAGGCGUCCCAACCCUCCACAAUGAGCAGGAUUUUAGAUACUGUAGGCACGGCAGCUACUAUGUUCUUGCCUGGGUUUAUACCUAAAGCGGCAGGUGUUGGUCUGUCCUUUCUCUCAAGGCUUUUUUGAAAAUGGAUGUGCAGUAUUCAUCAAAAGAAUCAUAUUUUACAACACAAAUCUAGUUGCAGUCAUUUAAUUAGGUUUACUAGUUAGUAGGGCUGUCACUUUUGAGAAAAAUCAAAUUCGAACGGAUUUCGAAUAUCAUGCAAUAAUCCGAAUAUAUUCGAAUAUCUAGGCGCCCCCCCCCCACGCGCAUCAAAAACCCACCGUAAUGGAGAUUCAAUCACAAUUAUUAACAGUGACAGUCAUAAACAGGGUUGUCUGGAUUACUUUUUUACUUAA